UAAAGCGCACACGCGUUUCAAAUUUGGAAUGUUACGAUGUAAAAAUAAUAAAAUGCGAAGUUAUUCUUUUAAUUUCUGGCCAGUGUUGUUAUUUAUGAAGUGAUAAGACUAGAUCUUGCAUUGUCUAUGCCUGAUUUCAGUGUGAUAAACUAAAUAGGUUGUGUUUCGUCAUUGCUUGAGUAUUAUUUUUAGAGUUGUUAAAGUCAGUUGGUGCGACUGGUCUUAAUUUAGCAAUGCACAUCAGUGUUGAAAGCAGCAUAGGGACUUUUUAAAAUGCGAAAAAAGAGAAAAACGACAAUAAAAUGUAAAUAUUUACCAAGCAACAAAAUCAAUUUAUCAAUGUUAAUCCAUAGACAACAAGAUGUGCUCACAAAAACCAGACAGAGACUGGGUUUAGUGUAAUGAACAAUAACAAAACGUACUUGACAUUUAAGAUUUAAAAAUAAAACAAGAGUUGAGCGGACGACAAAAACAUCUUACCCGUUCGGAAAGCAAACCUCGGACCUUUUAAAAUCGAAAAACAAAUAAUUAAUCUACGUUUAAGGUGAUUGCUUUUAUUUAAACAUUUUGGGGACUGCCGCCUUUUCUGUUUAUUUAGCUGCCUCCAAAGGGUAUUUGAAAAACAGAACAGUGAAAGAAAACAAAACCCGAUCGCAUUUACCAGAAAGACUACCAAUUUAAAUUUAAGAAGCACCAUUAAAAGUUAAAUAAACUAAUAUUCAAAAUUUAAAAACGAACAAUUUUUCAGAUGAUAUUCUAAAUUGAAAAAAAAAUAUUCAAAUGAAAUGUAAAAAAUAGUGACGUGCAGUGCGAUUCGAAAAAGUGAUCGAUAGUUUUUUAAUCUGUGCUGAAGUGUAGUGUCAAAGUGGCAGGAGACGAGCAUCUGGACAUGCUGGGGGGCCCCGAAUGGGGGCAGCGGGAAGCGACCCCCCCUAGAGAUGCUCCCCUGCCGAGUUUUGGCUUCACACAGGAGCAAGUCGCGUGCGUUUGUGAGGUUCUCCAACAAGCUGGAAAUAUCGAGCGUCUAGGCAGGUUCCUAUGGUCUCUGCCGGCGUGCGAGCGACUCCACGCCCACGAGUCGGUGCUGAAGGCGAAAGCCAUGGUGGCCUUCCACAGAGGGAACUUCAAGGAACUUUACAGACUGUUGGAAUCCCACACGUUCAGCCCGCACAAUCAUGCCAAUCUUCAGGAUUUGUGGUUGAAAGCACACUACAUGGAGGCCGAAAGGUUGCGGGGCAGGCCGUUGGGCGCCGUCGGGAAGUAUCGGGUGCGGCGUAAAUUCCCGUUACCCAGGACUAUAUGGGAUGGAGAGGAGACAUCUUACUGUUUUAAGGAAAAGUCCCGGUCGGUGUUACGAGACUGGUAUCUCCACAACCCGUAUCCAUCCCCGCGGGAAAAACGGGAAUUGGCCGAAACGACCGGGCUGACAACUGUACAGGUUUCAAAUUGGUUUAAAAACAGAAGACAAAGGGACAGGCAGGCAGAACAUAAAGAUAGCGGCGGCACCGGCGACAAGCAGUUGGAUUCCUCCACGGACGACGACAGUGACGCCCCCCACCAGCCGUCACACGCGCCCCCCGCGCACGCCCCCCAACCCCUCUACCCCCUUUACGAACACCCCCUAGCACAUUUACAGUAUCACCAUACGUGACCUUAUUAAAUAUGUACAUACUUAUAUAAAUUUAAACAAUAAUUUCUUAAUAUUUUAAAUUAUUUACCUAAUUAAUUUUUAUGACAAAUUUAAGAAAGAAAGGUCGGUCUGAAUUGAUUCUCAUAAUGUCAGAAUAUUAUGUGGCAUAAUUUGAAAACCGCAUAAUUUUUUUGGCAUAAAUCAUUUCGGAGAAAAGAUAAUUAUGCCAACUGCCAAUUAUGCCAUUUGACAGGACCAAAAAACAUGAACCUUUUUUAACCCUAACCUAACCCUUCUUUUCUUCAUUCAGAGUUCCAAACAGUUCCUGUAAUCAAUGAAUACUUAUAAAUCAAAACAUUAAAUAUCAUAUCAUACCCACCUACAAAGAAAAUAUAUUAUUUACAGGAUAAUGAAAAGGAACUUUAUAUUAUUAUUUUCCACGUCAAAAACCAUUUUAUUCAUUAUUUUAUUUCAUUACAAGAUGCAAAAUUCAAUAUAUGGACAUGACGAUAAUCUUUAUCGGGUACAAUGGUAUACAAAUUAAAAAAUAUUUCACUAUCUUUUAACUGAUUCAUGAAUAUAAAUGCUGUGUAUAUUUAAAAGAACCUGUUUAUUAUUAAAAAAGAAACUAUUAUAACCAGUAUGCAUAUUAAAUGAUAUGUGACGUUGUAAAAAAAAUGUUAAAUGAUUCAUACAAAAUUAUUAUUUUUUUAAUUUCUGCGGUUUCAACAAUAUUUAAUCAUUCAUUUCUUUUGUAAUUGGUAUCAUUCUGGACAACUGCACAUUGCAACUUAUAUAAGUAAGUAAUUAUUAAUUGCAGUUGUAAUUUAUAUACAUUAUGCAUUUAUUUCAUACAAAAAAAAUAUUUCUUAACAAUAAAAUAGAUUCUUUUAUUAAUAUAAUUAAUUUAUAACUUUUAUUGUAUAAGUUCAUAUGCCAUCUUAUUUAUAUUAAUAGAACACAAAAUAUGCGUAAGUUUCCGAGAAAAUCACAUACCAAACAAUUACAAUAAAAUGACACCCUCUCCUAAAAUGUAAAUAUAACUUUGCGUAAAAUAUAAAAUUUGAUACUAAAAUCAUAAUUAUGCAUUAUUUUUUCGCAUAAUUAGAAAAAUAUAGUCAUAUAGUCUGAAUUUGUGAUCUAAUAUUGCUUCCUUGUAAAAUUAUAUUGAAAUAAAGUAAUAUUGUGUCGAUUGUUUAGUUAGAUUUUUUUUUUAAUUGUAAUUUAUUUAACUGCCCAAAAGGAGUUUGUUGAAAGUGCAUUUUAAUAUUUAACUUAAUUGUCUUUACCUGAACUUUAAUUUGUAAAAUUAAUUUCAAUUAUAAACACAUUGCUACAAGGAGGUAAUGCAAUUAUGUUCGAAUAUUUUAUAUUUAUUUAUUUAACUUUGUAGACGCGUUUAUAAAUAAAAUUAAUUUUGCAAAGAUUUUGUAAAACAAUGUUGUUUUAUCUUUUUGCA